AUGAAAUAUAUUGUCAACGGGCGACAAUAUCAUCUGGCUUACUAUCUCACCGAUGGUAUUUAUCCAAACUGGGCUACUUUUAUCCAAUCAAUUCGAAAUCCACAAGAUCCAAAAGCAUCCUUAUUUGCUGCAAACCAAGAAGCUGUGCGUAAAGAUGUCGAGCGUGCUUUUGGAGUCUUGCAAGCUCGAUUUGCCAUAGUAAAAACCCCAGAUCUCAUGUUGAGUAAGGUAAAAAUUGGAAACAUAAUGAGAGCAUGUAUCAUAUUGCACAACAUGAUUGUAGAAGACGAACAUGAUGGGUAUACUCAGUAUGAUAUGGCCUCAUUUGCACGAGACGAGUCAAACAGAACUUCACAAGUUGAUUCUGCGUAUUCUACAGAUAUCCCUUCAAAUCUCGGCAAUAUGAUGGGAAAUGUGAUGACCAUUCGAAAUAAAGUUCAUGAUAAAAAAAUGCAUGAUCGACUGAAAGCGGAUUUGGUUGAGCAUAUAUGGGGAAAGUUUGGCACAAAUCAAAAUUAA